AUGCCUGUGCUGCUACUGUCGCUGGCCACAGACCACCCGAAGUUGCUGCACCCGAUUGCGCUCAUGUUGAAGGGCACCCUGGACUGCCUGAGCACCCUGCACUUCAUCCACAUUCUGCAGCUCUUCUGUGUCCUGACCACGCUCAUGUCUGACCGCAAGCGCACCGCUGCCGCAGACCUCAUAGGAAGAUGCUGUCUCAAUCGAACGAAGAGCUGA